AUGGAACAGAAGGGCCACUUCAAGGAACCCUUUCUCUACGUGGAAGUGAAGGACGCGGAGGAGGAAAAGCGGCAACUGUAUUUUUGCUUUGUGGAGAGAUGCUUCGACUACCUUUUACGACAAAGCGAUGAGUACAUCAUCGCGACAGUGAAGAGAAACGGGUCGUUGAUUUCGUUUUUCUUUUCACAUUUGUUAAGUCCGAAUAGAAGUUACGACUUGCCGUUCGACCGACCAGGGGGGGGACAGGAACGGGGUACGGAGAAGGAUAAGGAGAGGGGUACGGAGAGGGGUACGGAGAGGGACAUGGAGAGGGACAUGCAGAAGGGACGUUCCCAAUUCGAUAGACACAUUUUCGAACUGUACAUCAAAUUGGUCAAAAUUUACCUGAACAAGGACAGGCGAGAAACGAGUAUAAUAAAAUCGACUUUCAUAAAAAUUCACGUCUUUAUGGAUAUCAUCAUGCUAUUCCAUCGAUCGAAAAAGAGAAAAAAGGAAAUAAAAAAUUUGCUAAAUGAGGCAUACAGAGUGAACAGAAUUAAUUUCCUGAACAUAAGUAAAUAUUUGUCAUUCCUAUACGAGGAGGUGAAGGCUGUGAAGGAUCAGAUCGGACGUUAUGUUCACAACAAGGGGAAUCUACAGAACCUGCUCUCCAAAAUUAACGAGUUCGUAGUUGCUGUUUUCUGUUUCGUAAAAUUUUUUCAUCCUUUCAAUUAUUUCGAUCGUGUUGAAAAUAAACAGACGCAUGAUUUGAUCCUCUUAAGGUUAAUGUUUUAUCGCGGGGUGGACGUGGGUUCCCUUUCUCUGUCCACUUCUGCGCCGGAGAUCCUCAAGGGGGAGGAGGGCUCCGGCAGCAGUUCCUUCCUCCACUUGGUGGUGCAGACCUACUUCGCAAUGAUUCACCACCUGUACGAAGACUCCCUGAAGGAGCCAGCGCGCAAGGACUUGCUCUACCUGCGGCACCUCUUCGCGCAAGUACUAACCAUGAUGAUAAAGUACCUCCUCCUGUACGGAAAGGAAAAAAAUAAACUCCUAGUGGUCUCCAUCCUUAUCGAUAUGUUAAAACAAACGAGUGAAGAAAUGAACCUACUGUACUUCCUACGAAACGACAUGCAGUUAUGCAGCUGGAAUUUUAUCCAAAUAUUUGUCAUAAAGGAUAAACUAGACAUAGAUUUUUAUUUCUACCUGAACGAUUUUCUAAAAGUGAAUCGCAAAAAGGAAGUAAAAAAAAUGUGUGAAAAAAAAUAUAGACAUGAAAUUGAGCGCAUUAUGGAGAUUACCAGUUUGAAGGACGUCGGUGUUGUACUUAAGGUGCUGCGUAGGAACAACUUCGACUUUUGCAAAGCUGUGGAGGACGUCUUGGCCUCGGGAGUGGGAGCCGCAACGAGUAGCGAUGGGAGAAGUGGAGAUGAUGAACGGAGCGAUGGGAGAAGUGGAGAUGAUGAACGGAGCGACGAUCGAAGUGGAGAUGAUGAACGGAGCGAUGAUCGAAGUGGAGAUGAUGAACGGAGCGAUGAUCGAAGUGGAGAUGAUGAACGGAGCGAUGAUCGAAGUGGAGAUGAUGAACGGAGCGAUGAUCGAAGUGGAGAUGAUGAACGGAGCGAUGGCGGAAGGAGCCUGGGACGCCGCGCCAACCACGCCGACCGCGUCCAGCACGCCAAACCGCGCGCGGCUGCAAAACAGAGGCAGAGGAACAUCCUGGACGUGCUGCGCGAACGCACACGGAUGGAAAAGCCUCACAGAAGGAAAAGCAGCAAAAGCAGAUACACCAAUGAUGGCUUGGGGGAAGAAAAUAAAAACAAAAUUUUCGACCUGCUGGAUAGGUCGAGAAGUUCUGAUGGCCUUUCGGGGGAUGACUCGCUGGAAAAGCAAGAGAAUGAUGUGUUGCCCAGCACGUCGUACAGGAGGAAUUGUGUAGAUGGGAGCGGCGGCAGUGAUGGGGGCCUCCCACGUGGUGUUGCAAAUCGAAGUGGUACUGCUGAUCGAAGUGGUACUGCUGACCGGCGGGGUGUUGCUAAUCGACGUGGUACUGCUGAUCGACGUGGUACUGCUGACCGGCGGGGUGUUGCUAAUCGACGUGGUGUUGCUGACCGGAGGGGUGCUGCUGACUCGCGCGGACAUGCCAAGCGAGGAGAAGGAGUCUUUGGCAGAGGCAGGCCGCCCCUGCAGAAGCAUGGCACUAGGACCCCUGAGGGUGCAGACGGCGUGCCGAAGGACGACGGAGGUUCCGAGGGAGCAAACAGGACCAAGCGGUACUACAUGAAGAAGACAGCCAACAAGGGGAAGUCCCACAGGCGACAGUACGACAAGAAGAUGAGCCGAGGAAUGCUGUAA